UCGGAGCCCCCCCGCUGGCGCCCGCACACCUGGGGUGGCAGGGUUUCAGCGCUGGGCUCUGACGUCGGCCUUCAAGGCCUCCUCCCGGGCCGCGGCAGAGGGCGGAGCCGGCAGCCCGCCGCCCCGCCCCCAUCCCCGCCCCCGCGCGCUGCGGGCCUGGGGCGCGGAGAGGGGAGCCCGGCGCAGCGCGCAGACCCCGCGCCCCCAGGCCUGGGGUCCCGGGAGCGCGGGGCUCCCUGAGUUGCGUGUCACCUGCGGGCCGCAGGGUCGGGGCGGGUGCCGGUGCAGGGGCCCAGGAGGUCCCGACAUAUGGCCGUGGGCGGAAACCCCUUCGGGAGCCUCUCCCCAGCCAUGGACAGCCCCAGUCUCCGAGAGCUCCAGCAGCCUCUGCUGGCCGGUGUGGGCUGUGGGCCCCCCAUCCAGAAGCCUGGGGAACCCCAGCUGGGGCCUCCUUUUCGAGAGACAGCCUUUGCGGAGUCCCUGGGGGGUUGGCAGUUCCUACCACUGCCUCUUCCUUCUGUGAGUGCUGGUCUUGGGGAGCCAGGGCCCCCUGACCUGGAGGAUGCGUCAUCCAGUGACAGCGACUCAGGCUGGGACGGGGGCAGCCUUCUCUCCCCGCUCCUACCCCACGACCACCUCGGCUUGGCUGUCUUCUCCAUGCUAUGCUGCUUCUGGCCCGUGGGCAUCGCUGCCUUCUGCCUGGCCCAGAAGACCAACAAGGCUUGGGCCAAGGGGGACGUCCAGGGGGCAGGGGCUGCCUCCCGCCGCGCCUUCCUGCUGGGGGUCCUCGCCGUCGGGCUGGGCGUGUGCACAUAUGCGGCCGCCCUGGUGACCCUGGCCGCCUACCUGGCCUCCCGAGAGCCGCCCUAGUGGCCCCUGUGGCCCCCACUGUGAAUCAGGGGCCGGGAGCCGGGCGCGUCGGCGGGCAACGUGGAGAAUCCGGGUGGAUGAGGCGGCGGCAGCGGCAAGCCCCUCCUUCCUGGCCGCCGCGGCGUGAGAUUAAAUUCCAGACACUCCGCAGCCAAACCUGUGUGUGUGUGUAUGUAUUGGGUGGGGGAAGGGAGGGAGCUCGGGGCGCUGAGACCAGGAAGGGACAGGCCAGGGUGACGACAGGCUGUUCCCGGAGACCUUGGAGCUGGAGAAGGGGGAAUCCGAGGGGCAGAGGGUUCCCAAAUUGCAGAAUGUUCUCGCACCAUGGUCUGUAGAGAACGAGAGCAAGCUGGGUUCCAAGGGUUUACUAGUCCUCAGCUGUGCCACCUUGGCCCAAGUGACUUCUCUUUGAGCCAGUUUCCCUUCUGUAAAAUGGGACCUUCCCCACCCCUGGGAGCUCUGGGGUGGACCCAAUGGGUCACACCUGUAAAGGGCGGUAUCCCUUUGAGCUCUUCCCACAGCCAAGUGGCAGAAACUGGACUCAGGGGCUCAAAUGAAGUGAAUGGUCUGGUCUCUCCAUCUCUUGGCCCUCCUUUCCUGUUGGCCUCACUCUGUACAGGUUUCUGGGGGGAAAGGUGGCCCCAGGUGCUGAGGCACC